AUGACAAAGACACUGGGCAUGCUUAACAACCACCACUGUCAACACAUCAGUCCGGCGAGCUCGUUCACGCCUGCACUCACUGGUUUCAGGGAAGCCAACGGUCACGGACAACGUAUACGCUGGGUUUCACCGAAUGAUGCCUUUCUCUUGGUGCCUGAUAUGGGAACUCCCGCUUAUUCGGAGCAGCGGGCGGAUGUGGAAGCGGUCGAAGCGCUUGUGAGACCGUAUAUCCGGACAUUACACGACAUCUACUUCCGAAUCGUCUAUCCCACGUUCCCAGUUCUGCACCGCCCAGUGUGGAUUGAAAAGUAUGGCCGAUCGCCCUUCGAGUUCGCGCCGGCAAGCUUGGCGGUGGUGUACCUCCUGGCGACACAAUAUUGGUCAUAUGAGCCUUCUUUACAUGGCAAACCGAUGCCGGACGUUGCCAAGCUAGAGGCCCUUGCUAGAAAGUGCCUGCAAGAAGCCAUCCGCUAUCGGCCUAAACUAUCAACCAUUCAGGCCGGACUGCAACUCCUCCAGUACUCCCCGACCGAUUCAGAGGAACUGACUCUGCAGCUUGUCAAUGCGGGACACAGAAUUGGCCUCCAUCUCGAUGCCACCGAUUGGGACAUUCCAGACUGGGAGAAGACUCUCCGCAAACGUCUAAGCUGGGCUCUAUACAGUCAAGAUAAAUGGCACGCAUUUGAGACUGGCAAACCCUUUCUCAUCAACAAUGCGAACUGGGAAGUCCAAAGGAUUACGGAGCAAGAUUUCCCCGAGCAAAGUGAGUACGAGCAGGAAGGCAGUUCGGAUGUCGAGAAGGGUCGACUCCUCUUCUGUCAGCAGGUUUAUCUCUCCGAGAUACUGGGUGACAUCCUUGAAGACAUCCUCUCGAUGCGUGCCACCACCGAGGUGGCUUGCGCUGGUGAACACGGCCUCGAACUCUUGCUGCAGAAGACCAAGCCACUGCAGGCACGCCUGCGUCAGUGGUUCACCGACAUUUCGGUCCAUUUGUCGAUGGACCCCACGACGGUCAACAAACUGUCCUCCGUGGGCUCUUUGCGACUUGCCUACGUCGCCACCGAGAUGUCGUUGCAUCGACAGAUCCUUCUAACUCUGCCUAAUUGUAUAGAUGGGCCCCUGACUGAAGUCUGCCGCAAGUCAGCGGGCGAGCGAUUCCAAUUUGCCAUCAAUCUCGUCGAAUCGUUGAAACCUAACCACCUCGUCAGUUUCUGGUAUUCCAUGACCGCUCAUAAUCUGGUGCUGGCAGGUGAAUUCGGCUGUUACCUAUACCUCACCGAGACUAGAUUCGAGCAACGACAACUCUACCUAUCUCAACUGCGACAGUAUCGCUGGCUUCUCACCAUGAACAACAGUGGUUCUGCCUAUAUUCGACAGGCUCUAAACUCUCUCGAGGUACAUUUCAGAUAUCUCCUGGAUUCUCAGAAUCGUGGAGACGAUGAUACAUUUCCUGUGGUCAAUAGUGAUCAGGUGGUAUAUCCCUCGGGGGAUGAUACAGUUGCCGUAGGCGAGGAUGAGCUUUGUUCUACAUGGGAUGAUUGGAUGCAUGAAUCAACAUUCAUGGCUCCUGGCGAACCCGAAUGGAGUAGUCCUCGUCAUGUUUAA